AUGGAUGUGAGGAGAAUAGUGGUGGUGGUUGAAGACGUGGAAGCGGCAAGAACAGCUCUGAAAUGGGCACUUGACAACCUUGUUCGCUAUGGGGACUUGAUAACUCUGCUCCAUGUUUUUUCAACCUCAAGAUCCAGAAACAAGAACAAAACCAGGCUUCUCCGCUUAAAGGGAUUCCAGUUGACCCUCUCUUUCAAAGACAUCUGCAACACCUUCCCCAACACAAAGGUUGAAAUGAUUGUGACAGAAGGUGAUCAAGAUGGGAGGAAGAUUGCAGCUGUGGUGACAGAGAUUGGGGCUUCAACUCUUGUGCUUGGCCUCCAUGAUCACAGCUUUCUCUACAGGUUGGCAAUGGCCCACGGCAGCAGCAGCAUUGCAAACAAGUUGAAUUGUAGAAUUCUGGGCAUCAAGCAACCACCACCCUCCUCCACACCAUUACGUACGAGGACCAGUGGAACAGCAACACCAGUCCUCGACAGUUGUUCAACCAACAAUAUGGACUUUUCACAGAUUGACAUUGCUGGAUUACAUGUCCCUGAUGUUCCUCCACCGAAAGUCCCGUACAGAAUCUGCCCAAACCCUUAUGCCAUCAUUUGGAAAUCAAGGAAGUCAAGGAGAAAGUGA